AUGGAGGAACCCACUAUGGAAACGGAGGCUCAUCCUGGGCAAGAGGGUGAAUUCCCACAUUCGCCAUGGGUGGAAAUAGGCACAUUUGCUUCUCCUCAGCACUCGCCUCCCAUGCCUGAAUAUAGUGGGUUUGAGUACGGUCCAUCGCAGCUCAUGGCCGUGGACUCGUAUGGCAUGUCAAUGCCCCCGCCCUACGCCUCCAUGCCACUACCCAUGCCUUCGCAUUCCUGGCCCAGCAUGCUCACGACACACUCUCCGUUUGCUGCGUCUGGAUUACCUGUCACCCCGACAUCGGUGUCGCCCUCAGCCCCCAUGCCUCCAGUGCGAAAGACCUCGACUGGAGGGUCUACACCGCGUAGGACACUUACCGACGAUGACCGCCGGCAAAUGUGUUUAUAUCACGAGGAAAACAAGACUGCUAAACAGACUGAUAUUGGAGCAUUAUUCGGAGUCGAGAGAAGCACUGUUUCCAAAGUCCUUCGCCAGAAGGAAAAGUACCUAAACCCCGAAGAUGGGAGUCGAUCUCCCAUCAAACGGGCUAAGGGCAGAGUCCCCGAUAUCGAGAAAGCUCUAUCCAACUGGGCACGGAACUACCAGCGCCAAGGGUAUCCCCUGAGCGAUGAGAUGAUCAAAGAAAAAGCACUCUUUUUUGCCAACACUUGCGGCUGCCCUGAAGGCAAGGAAAAGGUCUGCACUGCAGCCUGGCUAGAAAAAUUCAAGCACAAGAACAAUCUUCUCGGCGCAAAGAUGCGCAGAGGAUCUACCGAAAUUCGCAGUGGAUCAAACAGCCCAACCCAGCUCAAUACAGACUUUGGAUCUGCUCUUCAAAGUCCCACCGGACCCUCGCCCACGUCUCCUGUUGAUGGCCUCGGAUCUCCAUUGUCUCCAACCAGCCAAGAAGGAAUCAAGCGGGACAUGGCUGAACUACCGGAUCUGACAGGGGGAUACCAACACGGGUAUUCCAAGAGUACAACCUCACUCGACACUUCCUCGGCGGGUAUGGUCAGCCCAACAUCCACUUUAGUCUCCGACAGCCCUUUCACACCAACAAGCCAAUCCCGCCUUCCAGCCGCCAACAGCAACACCAACCGCCCGCGCAGCCAGACCUUCCCUUCCGUCCCCAUCGAUCCAACCCUCCUAUCAGCCGAUGAAGCCACAGACCCGCAUCCCCAAAAGCGCGAACUCCAGGAAUCUCUUUCGGUCUCCAUCCUGCAAUCCCCACUGGAAAUGAACGAGCCCAAGCCCGCCAUGUGCCCGGUCCACCAAACCAACGUCAUCAAGCGCAAUCGCAGCAACCCAGAGAUCACGACAAAGUCCAUGCCGCCGCCGUCAAAGUCUACUACCAUCUCGCCCACCAGCUCUCCGGGAUCACCCACCCAGGACGAGGCUCGUCGCGCCCUGGAGCUCGUGAUCAACUACUUCGACCAUCAGCCUGCCGGCCUGGCCGCACAGGAGUACAUGACCAUCGGGAAGCUAAUGGAGAGGCUUGAGCUUGCCAAGAGUCAGGCUGGGUUUCUGUUGGGUGGCUUGCCGCGCAUUGAUGAACAUGAGGAUAUUCCUAUCCCGCGUGUGACGAAGAAGAGGAGCAUCCACAAUUUGGGAUGA